AUGCACAGGCAUCGGGAUCCCUGGUGCCCACUGGCACCAUCGGUGCUGCUCUGCCUGGUGCCGCUGGCUGCGGCCAGCGGCCAAGGACGCCUGGGGUGCUGUGAACAAGCUGUGUCUGCCAACGGAGUGCUGAACCUGCAGCCGGAGAAACCCCCACAGGGAUGGACAAAGUUCACAUGGAAAGUGAGACGGGAUGCAGGAUACCACCAGCGAAUCCUGACGGCUGAGGAGAAUAAAACUGUCCUAUUCUUCAACAGUACUUUUUUGGGGAGAGCUGUUUUCCAGCAGGAGACCUUCUCCCUGCAGAUCAGCCCGGUUAGCAUGGCAGACAGUGGGGUCUAUGUGGCAGAAUUUGAGGACACAUCAGGCAGCUUUACUACCCGGUGCUUCCGUGUGUCAGUGUGGGAGCCCGUCCACUCGCUGCACCUGGAGACACGCGUCCUGGACUGGGAACAGGGCUGGUGCAACCUCUCACUGGUCUGCACUGUGUCUGGUGCUGGCAACGUCUCCUACAGCUGGUCCUGCAGUGGGGAUCCCCAGGGAGUCCUGGAGCACCAGCCCUGGCUGCACCUGCAGGUCCAUGGGGAUUCACUCCCCAUCAUCUGCCGCUGCAACGUGAGCAACCCGGUGAGCUGGAGCGCAGACAGCACCAACAUCACGGUAGCUUCCUGCCAAGCUCUGGCCUCAGGGCAUUCCAGCAUCAUUCCAUGGUGGGCAGCGGCUGUGUCCCUGGGGCUGGCACUGGCCAUCUCCAUAGCCCUCAUUGUCACCUGCUACUGGUGGAGAAAGCGAGCAAAGGACCCCCCGGCAGGACAAGUUGAGCAGAUGCUGACUGUCUACGAGGAGGUGGGCAAAGCCCAAACCGGCCGAAACCCUAAUGGGACCAGUGAGGCCACCGUGGGAGGAAACACUGUCUACGCUGUCAUCUGCACCAAAAUGCAGGGACCCAGCCACCCUCAGGACCCCCAAAACUACACCAUCUACUCCACGGUUCAGCCCACCAUGAAGGUGAAGUUGCCCCACUGUGACCCUGGCCCCUCUGCAGCGGCACAGAAACCCAGGUCCUCUCGGUUCAUCAACCGGUCUUCUCUCCAGAAGAAGAGGCUGAACCCAGCUUUGGUUUCCACCACCUACAUAGAGGUAACGGGAACCAGACCAGUGGGAAGACAAGACCUGGGUAUCUCCAAAGCUCAUCAGCUUUUUGAGGCUGUGGCGUGCUAA